AUGCUGGGGCGGCUCGAGAUGUCCGUCGAGGAAUGCAUAGAUGCAUAUAAGAAAAUGAUGGAACAGGUCUUUGAGAAGAGAGCCAACCGUUCCUUCAUCGGCGUCCUCGGUGGUGUAAAGCCGCGAUUUUCGUCCAAGGCUCUCGAAGACGCCAUUUUAGAAGUGAUUAGAGGACGUGGCAUCUCCGUCGAUGGAAAGCUCGAGAACGGGACGAGGCCACGGUGCAAGGUCUUCGUCUGCACAAAGGUCCAAUAA